AUGUGUCCAGAAGACGCACAGGCGGCGCAGUUGCAGGAGGCACUCGCUGACAACCCUCUGCAGGUGGAUGACACUCACCGGGACGAUGAUUCUGUCUACGCCUCCUCAGUAGGCUCAGGGAGCUUCAAGACAUCCUUAGCCUCGAGUGUUCUUAACUACAAGUACGUCGCUGGCUCUGUGAAAUUCGAACUUGUGCCUGACCGGCGUUCACCUGCUGGUAAUGGACGUCGCUACCAUGCAUUCCGUGAAGGUACCUAUCUGGUGCCCAAUGACGAGGAGGAGCAAGGCCGAAUGGACCUGCUGCACCACGUUUGCAACCUGGCUCUCAAAGGUGAACCCCACCGUUCUCCAAUUAAGGAUCCCCGUCGCGUGCUUGACCUGGGCACUGGUACUGGAAUCUGGGCUAUGGACUUUGCAGAUGAACACCCUUCCGCAGAAGUGAUUGGGACUGAUCUGAGCCCCAUUCAGCCUGGAUGGACCCCCCCAAACUGUCUCUUUGAGGUCGAUGAUUUCGAGGCCGAAUGGUCAUACUCAAGGCCAUUUGACUUUAUCCACGGCCGCGAACUAGAAGGUUGCAUAGCCGACGACGAUCGACUCUUUGCCCAGGCCUUUAAGCAUUUGAACUCGGGUGGCUACUUUGAGAUGCAGGGUGCUUACACGCGUUUCCUUUCUGACGAUGACACAGCCCACAAGGCAAAGGAAGUCCAGUCCUGGUGCAGGAUGCUGGUCAAGGGAAUUGAAAAGUUUGGCAAGCCUAUUGAUGGUGCUCCGACGUGGAAACAAAAGAUGGAAGACGCCGGGUUCGAAGACGUUCAGCAGGAGAUCCUCAAGAUACCUAUUGGCGGAUGGCCAAAGGAUCCAAGCCUCAAGGAACUCGGCAAGUACCAGCUCAUCCAGCAGAUCCAGGGCGCCGAGUCCUACACGCCUGCCGUGUUCUCGCGUGUUCUCGGCUGGACCAACGAGGAGAUCCAGGUGCUCAUUGCCAAGGUCAGGAAGGAGUUUAAUGAUCCGUCUAUCCAUCUUUACAUUCCGGCCUAUGUCAUCUGGGGUAAGAAGGCUUGA